AGUAUUAAUUAUGCUUAACUUGUGUCAAUAAACUUCUUGACUGGAAGUUAUUCAUUAUUUAUACAUAAACAAUUUUUGCCUAUUUUUCAGAGGACUGGAUUCCUCUGUGAUUUCCUAUACACAGAGUCAGGUGAAUGGAAUGGUGCUAGCUGUCAGGGAGUUUGCUGUGGAGACAUCUCAACUGACCAAAAAGACACUGUUUACCGAGGCCAAGUCCGAGGAGAAGGGAAGAAAGAGGAGAAGGGCAGGAUCACGGGGUCAACAAGCAAGGUCACAGGGUCAUGGUGAUACAGAGUGUGUGACACAUCCUGACAAUUUCUUCCAAAAUUAUUUUGAAGUGUUUGGAAGGAUGUUUUCCUUAAAAAAAGGUGAAAUACCCCAGAGAUCGUUUACCUUCCGAGACCAAUCCGUGAGAAACAGUCCAGAUCUGGCGUAUCAUUUCUUCUCUAAAGGGAAGUCAAUGGAAGAACUCUUUUUCCUGGUGAAGAUAAAGGAAUCUUCAGUUAAUCAGGGAGCAGUAGAUAUUGAAGAACAAGUUGGCACCAGAGAGUUAGCGCGAGUUGGAGCAGAGCUGCUGGGCCAGUCCAUGUGUUGUGUGUUUUAUCCCUGUUCACUGGGGAUACUGUGUAUGGAAACUAAAUUAAUCUUUGUUUACCUGAAAAUCUCGCUGAAGCAUUCCAUCUCCAUAUGUAAGGGAGAGAGGGGAACGUCAGGUAACCUGGGGAAAAUCUUGUACACCGAGGCGUUUGACAUUCUGAAAGCCGAGGACAGAUUAAAAAUGGCGGACUUCUUGUUCUGGUUAGGGUGUGUACAGGAUUAUGCGAAAUAUAAUUUUUUCUGACCAUGUACAUAGAUAAUCAGUAAUUGUAGGAGGUUGUCAGUGAAUUGUACAAUACAAAUAAUUGUCUUAGUUUGUCAGAUCACUGCACAUUAACAGUCUUUUUUCAAAAUUUGUCAGUAAACACCAUUAAUUUUAUAUGUUAACAUAGGUAAUUUCAAUGACUGUAAUAGUUCUAAAAUGCAGUGUUUUAUCAUUAAUUAUCUUGAUUGAUAAAAAAGAAAACUUGUCUAGGUUUGUCAGUUUAAAAUAGUUUUUUUAUCAGUUAUUGGUAAUUGCCUAAGUUUGUAUACUAUCAGUAAUUGAAAUUUUUUGAGAAUUUAAUAAUAAAAAGUUGUCUAAUAUAAAGUUUGUCUAGGCUUGUAAUUUUAAAAAAAAAGUUUUAUCAGUAUUCAGUGUUUGUCUUAGUGUUAACAUAACAGUUAUUGAUAUUUUUGGAGAAUGUAGAAAAAAAGUUGUCUAAAAGAUUUGGUAUAAAUGCAAUGUUUUAUAAAUUGAAUUUUACAUGAUCAAACAGGAUUUUAGGCUUUUUCUAGAAGAAAACUUUGCCUUUUCCUGAGGUAGGAAUUGUUUGAUUUGAUACAUUAAAGAAACAAGCAUGUAAUUCAACAGGUUUACUAGAUUAUUCAUAUUUUGAUUAUACACCCAAAGCUAAUUUUUACAGAAAAGUUGUCAGUUUUAAUGUGUUUAGUUUAUGUGUAUAGUUUAAUUACAUUCUCAUUUUCACUAAGGACUACAGUUUAUUCUUGCAUCAUAUGUUACACAUUUUAUGUUUCAAAGCACAUAAACCCAUGUGUUCUAUUGCAUGUAGACCUGAGUAUUGAUGUAUUUUUUUAUGAUUGAAUUUAAUAUGAUUGAAUUGAGAUUAAAUGUUUGUGGAUGAUGAUAGAAUUGU